AUGGUUUCUUUUCAAUGCGAGGCAUGUGGCGACAUCCUGACCAAGAAGAAGCUCGAUCCACACCGCAACCAAUGUCGGGGCGCGAUGUUUACCUGUAUUGACUGCAUGACGACUUUUCAAGGCACGAGCUACAGAGCCCAUACAUCAUGUAUUACCGAAGAUCAGAAAUACCAGGGCGCUUUAUAUCGCGAGAAGCCUUCCAAGGCUGCAAAGAGAAAAUCUGUCUCGAUUGUCGAGCCAGAGAACGAAAAGGCUCUCGUCCCUCGUCCAGCAUACGUUGAAGACGAUCUGGAUACAGAUGCCCCUCCACACGUCCCUACUCCUCCUCCCGCUGUGCCGGACUCGAAUCGUGAUAGUGUCUUUGAUUAUAUGGUUGACGAAGGUAGCCGAACCGGCACACCCCAGAUAAGUUUUACCAAGGAGAAAGAAGAAAUGUCUAUGAAGCACAGUGCCCCGUCAAUCUUCUCCAGCAGUCGGCCGUCCAGUCAGAAUGGGUACCACAACGCAGAGGAGGAGCAGCAGCAUAGCAAGGAGUACGAAGAAAACGGUUAUACUUGGGGUGCCGCACCGGUCAAGCCUCGAGGGGUAUUAGAUAUGAACAACAGUACAUUGUCGCUCGAAUUUAUGACACCAGCAGCAAAGGAGGUGAAAUCCAAAUUAGACAAGAAAGAGAGGCCACGCGCACAUAGUCGGACAAACAGCGGCAGCGAGAAGAAACGGAAACGAGCUACGGAAGAUCAAGUCCACGAACUGGAAGGAGACACCCUGAUGGCUGACGCGGUAAAGGUGGAUACGCCAGUGAUUGUGCACUCAGGACUCACUGGUGGGCUAAGCCGCAUGAUGACUCAAGAUGAUUCGUACCCGUUCCGUCGGUCUCCCGAUCUCGACGACAACCGCGUGGUGGUCCAGAAGGCGCGCACGACUCGUCGAAGUCUCAAACCGGAAGACCCCACGUCCCCUUUAAAACGUACUCGACAUACCAAGGAGGAUUCCAACGGACUUGGCAUCUCGAUUAAAGGUCGAGCGGUUAGAGCCCUUUCAAUGGUUGGUGGAGCACUUCUUCCCGGCCAGGUCGAGAGCCAAAUGUCCAACAACAAGACGCGGAGGAGGGCCAGCUCUUCGGACCAUGGGAAUAGCCUUACUCGGAUCCGAGAUGGUGAGAAGCGGGAGAGGAAGAAGCACAAAGUCCAUCGACAUAAUGGUACUUCAUCAGCCAAUGUUCGGCAUGAGCACCGUUCGCGCCACCGGUACAGUGACGAUUCGCCCUCCCGUUCACCAGGUGAAGGCACCACACGAAAACUUAAAGCAAUCGAGUACCGCAAACACGACGACUCGGCGUCGGACACAGACUCGGACCCAAUGCAUCAGAAUAGUAAUGGCGCAGACAAACGCAAAAGCUCCAAUGGUGCAAUGGUCGUGUUCGGAGCCGAGGAGAAGACAAAGCGUGCUUGCCGCAGUUUCCUCGCCAAUGCACCGGGCCUAGACAACGAUAAAGGAUAUUCCAUCCACAAGAUGCUCAAGCGGUGGCACAAGCAUAACGACGUCCGAAGCAGCACUUCGAAGAUGGAUGAGGAACAAGACCUGUGGAGGGCUUUGAGGAUAAAACGAAAUGAGAGAGGGGAGUUUGUGGUGAUUUUCUGA